GAUCAUACGGCUCGUUUUCACAGCUCUGCUGCUCGGUGUUAGGAUGUUGUGCAGCUCUGUCUGUUAGCGGCUCACUCUCACUCACACACUCAUUUAAACUCAUAGCUCCGCUUCAUUCACAGGCCUACUCAGUUAUGAACAUGACGCCGUUUUUAGCGAGUUUUAUUUAUUUGGUGCUGUUAUGUAGUAGGAUAUGCUGUGAUAAUGACACAGAAGAGGAUGAGCACGCCAAACACACAUACACGGUGGAGAUGUUCAAUGAUGCCGUCUCGAUUGCUCCACACUUCGUCAUGUUCUACGCGCCCUGGUGUGGUCACUGUCAGAGGCUGCAGGGGACGUGGAAUGAGCUGGCAGAAAAAUAUAACAGUAUGGAAGCUCCUCCAGUGUAUGUUGUGAAAGUCGACUGCACAAAAGACACAAAGUUUUGCUCCAGUGAGCACGGGAUCCGUGGAUACCCUACUCUGAAGUUGUUUAAACCUGAUCAGGAUGCUGUAAAGUAUCAGGGCCCAAGAGACCUGCAGGCGCUGGAGAGCUGGAUGCUGAAAACCCUUCAGGAGGAAUCUGAAGAACCCCAGACUGAACCCGAGCCUCCCAAAGUCCCUGAACCCAAACAGGGCCUGUAUGAACUCACAGCUACAAACUUCAAAUCACACAUCUCUAAAGGUUCUCACUUUGUGAAGUUCUAUGCACCGUGGUGUGGGCACUGUAAAGCCAUGGCUCCAACAUGGGAACAGCUCGCCACCAGCUUUGAGCAUUCAGACAGUGUCAAGAUCGGCAAGGUGGAUUGCACACAGCACUAUGAGGCUUGUUCAGAUAAUCAGGUUCGCGGUUAUCCCACGCUGCUCUUCUUCACUGAUGGAGAGAAGGUUGAUCAGUACAGAGGAAAGCGUGAUCUGGAUUCAUUUAAAGAGUUUGUUGAUAAUCACGUAAAAGCUGCUGAAUCUAAAGAUGAACCUGCGAAAGAGGAGGAGCACGCUCACGAAAUCCCACCUAGCACUGAACCUGAAAAACAAGAGUCUAAUGUUCUGGUUUUGACUGAGAGCAACUUUGAUGAGACUGUUGCCAAAGGACUCUCCUUCAUCAAGUUCUAUGCUCCAUGGUGUGGUCACUGCAAAAACCUGGCCCCUACCUGGGAGGAUCUAUCUAAAAAGGAGUUUCCUGGUCUGACUGAUGUGAAGAUUGCUAAAGUGGACUGCACCGUGGAGAGAACGCUCUGCAACAGAUACUCUGUGCGUGGAUACCCAACUCUCCUGAUGUUCCGGGCGGGGCAACAGGGGGAGGAGCAUAAUGGAGGGCGGGACUUAGAGAGCUUACACAAUUUUGUUAUGAAGCAAGCGAGAGAUGAGCUGUAACUCCUCCCUCAUUUUCCAUCUCACAACACAUCCUCCACAAAGCAACACGAUCUACAUUUACACUACAUUUUGUUCAUUUCUGUCCCUCACCUGCUAAAGUGAGCACAGUCUUUUCCACAUGAUAAAAUGUGAAUGUACAUGAUUUCAUCUCGGAUCAGUUGAUGAGAUUAUUAGCGAUUACAACCACAGACUUUUGAUUUUGCCCUUUAUCUGUUAAAAUAACAGCAUUACGAUUACAAAAAAGUACACUGUUCAGAUCAUUACAUCAUUUAAGGUGCAUAUUUUGUCAGUUAUAUUUGAGGAAAUUCAUCUUGGUUUGCUAUCAGCUAAGAAAAUAUGACCUCAGGGAGACCAUGUACCAUUCAAAGAAAACAAUGGCGUACCUGCUGUGAUUUCUUUUUUCCUCCAUUCAGUGUAAAAUACUAUAUGAUACACUUGCAAACAGCACUUUGACCAUGUACGUGGUUUUUCUGUUGGAGUUUCAAAUGUUUCGGUUGUGGUCUUAGGUUUUGAAUUGGUUGUAUCGUUCAGAAUAUUAAAAAAAUUCUAAAAUAAACCAGAUGAAGGUAGUUUGUUAGCCAGACUGGGAGAUCUGCUUAAACCAGGCUGGUUUAACAUCUUCGGUUAGUUUGUCUUAUAAAGCUUCUUAAUAUUCUUGUAGGCAUAUGAAUGGGGAAAAUACUUUUAGACAUGUCCCCAAUAUUGCCAUUAUGUAAUACUUUUUUGUAAUUUCUCAACCCUCAGCAAAAGAAUGCAAAAUGGAUCAUUUUUGCUGUAUAAUGACGGUUUGUGGAAAUAUGGUUUACUUGCAGUAGAGGUUGUGAAAGGUUAAAGCAUUUAUGGUACAUUAUUUUUUUUUCUUAGAUUAUUCUGCAAAUGUGGCUUUUAUUAUUUUUCCCAUGUCAUUUCUCCUUUGAUUAGAUUAGUCUUUUUAGACUCUGUUUGAGACUCACUCUUUUUUUCCCUUUGUAAUUCAGUCUUGAUGGCUUUCACAUGCACUCAACCACUUUUAUUAUUAUUAGUGAACUGCUUAGAACACUUUGUGACGGUGAAACUCUGACACUGCCGUAGCCUGGUAUCAUUGCUUGAAGAAUGCUGAUAGAUUUGUAUGUGUUCUCUGAUGCUCUCCAGUGGUUUCACUGAUUUAAACAAAUGUAAUUUACAUUUUUCCUUUCAAAUAUUCCCACACCGAGAUGUUUAUUUUUCUCUUUUACUGGAUCUGAAAGAGAAGGAAGGGAAAAGCAAUCAGAGAAACCGCAUAUAUUCAGUGAAGUCUUUAUGGGAGGCAUAUGGUCAAGGCUAACUCACUGAAAAAUGCAGUAUUUUUGUCCUGUGUGAGAGGGGUACACACACACUGCCUGGGGGUUUUUGUACAAAAAAAGGCAUGUUGUGACAAAUUUCAUAAUAAAAUGUCUUUUUCCAAAAA